AUGGUGUUCAUCAUCGUUCACCUUGUACUAUUCGCCAACUUCGCCCUGCCGCUGCAGGCAGUAACGCUGCAGAAUGCAGCAGAUGAGGCGCUGCUCAGGCGUGCUGGUCGUCGCGCUGCAGCGGGAGAAGCCGUCAGUCGCAAUGGCAUGGUAACUCUCCAGUACCUUAUGGACCAGCACAUCGCGUCGGAGACCGAGCUCCAUCUCCGUGCGGACGAAACCUGGCGCAAGUACGCAAACCAACUUGCCGAUAGCGGAUGCAACUACAAAGGGGGGUUGUUGCCUUGCCCCAAUGGCAACAUCUGUUAUUACCAAGGACACGGAGGUUUGAACGUGACAGCCACAGUGGAAUAUCGCGGGAACAUCAUCAAGACAGUCAUAACCCCCGACCCAGACGCCGAAGUCGACAUGCCAGAGAUCGUGACGUUUAUGGGGGCCAAUACCGCCGACGCUCCUGCAAUGUUGAUGGAUGUGCCAGCGGAGUACCGGAGAACAGAGAACCCCAUCAUGCUGAAAAUGUUUUUCGUGGAGGACACUGAUAAUGUCACUGAGGAGUGCCCUCAUGACAAUGAGCGCGUGGAGUCCAUGGAAAACGGCAGCGUGUCGUACCGCCUUCAGAACAACACGGUCACAUUUUCAACGCAAAGCCCAACCACGUUCAUGGGCAUGGCCUUCGAUUUCGUCAGCGAGGCACCUGUGGGUCAUACUCUGGCCUUCGAGAUCCCUGUCGGGACGGAGAUCGUCUGGGUGAGCCGUGAAGAGAUGGUCGAGGUGCUCCAGUCGCAGGAGUUGCCGGCUUCCCUCGACAGGCGCUUAGAGGAGCAGUUACGCAAGUCUGCUUUGGCCAAGGAGAUGGAUGGCGCGCUCACGCAGAAAGGCAGCAGGCGGCGCAGGGGCUCUGGGCUCGAGGCGGGCGACGGCGUCCUGCUGCCGUGCGACGUCGAGGACGUCCUGCCGGAGUGCGACGUCGAGGACUCCGUCCGGCUGCCCGCGGGGGUGCGGGCGGACGCCUGGGUAGCCGCGCAGGCCGUGGUCGUCCUGCGCGAGGCGGCCUGCCUCGUCGCGGCGCUCGCCGCGGUGUGCACCCCCCGCGGCUGCCCGGGCGGCGCCGCCUGCGCCGGACGGCCCGCCGCGGCGGAGGGAGCGCCCGCGAUCCACCGCAUGAGGGAGGCGGUGGACGUGCUCCGCGCGGAGAUACGGGCCCUCGUUCCCACGGACGGUGGGGAACUGCCGGCGUGCUUCAUGGAGAGGAUGGGCGCCGCCUUCCGGCGCGUCCUGCACGUCUACGCGCACGCGUUCGCCCGCCACCACGGCGACGUCGUGCGCUACGGCGCCGACCGGCACUUGGCCUGUUGCUUCGCCCGCUUCGCGGGCCUCUCCAGGGAGUUCGGGCUGGUGCCGGAGGAGGACCUGCGCGCCGUGGAGCUCCUGCGCCCGUCGCGGGCCCCCGCCGCGCGGGCGGCGUGA